UCACAUUUCACAGCCAGGCGAAUGCGGAUGUUUCUCUGUGUUUGCUUGUUAACGUUCUUGGGGUUCAGUUUUUGCCAAGUGGCAAGAAGAGAUGAUCCUCCAUUAAAUAAAGCCCUAGAUGCAUUAGAAAAGGCUUUACAAUACAUGAGUGAUACAGUUUCUUCAAUAAAUUUGGAUGCUGUAUUCUGCAUCAGACGCCUGGCAGAACAGCUGGAAGCCCUUCUACAGUAUGAACCAGAAGUCGUUCGAGGGAUUCACCUCCAGUUAACGGAACUUAAGAACAAAGCUCACAGGACUGCAGAUAAAGGAAUGAGCCUUGUUCUCAAAGAACAUCCGAAAUAUGCUUCGAAGGUCGGAUUCCUGAUGGAGAGGAGUCUGCAACUUCUGUGGUACCCCAGUCGAAACACUUCAGAAUCAUUAAUGGAAGAACCAGUUUCUUGUAAAGAUGGGAGAUUUAACGAUACACAAUCCGACAACUGCUUUAAUGAAAUCAGCGGACCUCGCUACCACAGUGACAAUCCAUGUGGCAUUAGUUCCCGGUGUUUUGACGAUGAAACAAAACGAAGACAACGUGGAUGGACGUUAACACAUCAAGUGCUGUACUGGGAGUUAUUAGAAGAGUGGCAAUGUGCGAAUAGCAUACCUGUAAGCUUCAGAGACAGAUUAUGCUCGAAUGUGAUGCGAGAUGCUAAAAUAACAGAACUGACCGGUUUCCCUGGAUCUCAUCAUGACCUAUUUAUGGAGCAAAUUGGUCUGUGUGGCAUCUGGGGUUACAAGGAUUUCAACAAACCAGAGUGGCUUGACAAAAUUCUAGAAUGGCAAGAACCAUCAGGGUGCUAUGCAUCUGCCAAGAAAUACGAAUGUUUUGAUGUACCGGCAGCGAUGAGUCACACCAGAGUUAAACGAGAAGAAAAAAUACUUUCAGAUGGCUGCUUAUCGCAUGAAACAGGCGUAGCUUUGCUGGCCUUAGUAGCAAAUGUACGAUUUGAGGCAGAAAAAGAACAUGAGAUGAAUGAAAAAAAAAUGUUAUUUAUGAAAUGACGCAAUAAAUUUAUUUGUAGCAGAGUAACUUAAACUACAGUCACAAUGGAAUCAGAAUCACAACGGUGGAUAUCUCACAGAGACUUUUCAUUCUGAGUGUUUUAAUGUUCUCUAUAUUUAUUAUUAUUUUUUUUAGCAAUCAGUAAUUAAUGCUUCAUUUUUAAAAACUUAUUUUCCAACAUUGGGGCUGCAGCAAAAUAAGAAGUAAUGUCAUAGUUUUCCCCCUCCUCCUUCAAAGGAAAUUAUAUCAAUAUAAUUUUUAAAAAUUUUGCUAUGCAACUUUGCCAAAAAAAAAAAAAUAAAUAAAUAAAUAAAAAAAAAGACACAGUUAUCACUUUUUUUAAAAAACAAUAAAUAAACUGCUAAUAUAUCUAAUAUAAUUUGGUAUUAACUGUAAUAAAAAAAUCAAUAAUAAAAGCAUGUUUUAUGUACAAAAAAUUCAAAUUAAGCCUUCAUUUAAGGGCUUAAGAAUACAACGCUAUUCUGGACAGACAAUAAAAUGAAAUAAUAUAUUGUGAAUCUAAUUCUGAGCUUUGUUUAAAGUUUCUAAUUCAUUCGAAAGUUAAUUUAAAAUUGAUUGCAAAGUUCGCAUAGAACAGAAAAGAAGAGAGUUAAUAAAAAUGUGAUAAAAAUGGAAUUUACAUCUUGAAAAGUUACAUAAGAAACUAUUUCCUACAUAACAAAAUAUAAAGAGAAAAUUCUUGAAUUAAAAAAAAUAAUAAUAAUUCUUUUAUGAAUAAGAAGCAUCAAUUAAAUCAUACAUCUUUAAAUCCUAUAAGUACAAAAAAUAUGUAGAUCAUGUUAAAAGUAUAUAUACUUUUUUUUUACUAUUUAAAUCAAAAAUUUUAAAUAUUUGAAUUUUUUCUAGUAAAAUAAACAACAAAAUACUGCAAGUUAACAAUCAAAUAUUUCAUUAAAAUCUUUAUUAUUAAAAUGUCUUCAAUGGAAUCCCUUAUAAUAUGACUUUUCUAAACAAAUGGUAUCACUUUUCCAUU